GCGGUAAGUAAGACUAGGUCAGUUUAGGUUAGAUUAGAUCAGGCUUAUGUUGUGCAAUGUUAUGUUAUCGUGCGGGUGAGAAGCGCUCUAUUGAAUCUCGCAAAGUAAGAUGAUAAAAAAUUGGAAAAAUGCGCGAUCAGUAAUACGAAUUGGACGCACAAACGACGUCCUGACCGGUGUGUUGGAUUUCCUUGUAGGGCGUACGCUGCCCUAAUAAGAACAACGGAUAUCGAACGUUGUCGAAACGACAUAGCACGAGACGCUUGGAAUGGAUUAUGCAACGAUUGUCGACGACGCAGUCAAGCAAUUCUACUCGGCGGGCAACAAUGAGGCUCAUUCAUGGCUUUUGCAAGUGCAAGCCUCUCCCGAGGCCUGGCACUUUGUAUGGCAACUUUUGGAUCCCUCUAAGUCAUUUGAAGUGCAAUUUUUUGCGGCGACAACUUUACAUGCAAAGAUAUCCAAACAGUGGGAUGAAGUGCCUCAAAUUGAGUAUCCAAUGUUAAGGGAACGUUUGCUCAAUAGUGUGAGAGGAACCAACACCCCUACAUUUAUUCUUGCAAAGCUUUGUCAAGCGUUAGCUGCAUUUGUGGUCAACGUUUACAGUGCAGAAAACAGAGAAAAAAAUAAAAGUAUAGUUGACGAACUGCUUAGCAUUGUACCUUAUAAUUCUCCAUCUGCGUUAGAAUUGUUACUUCGAGUACUUUUAAUACUUCCUGCUGAGUAUAAAAAGAAACACGAAGCAAAAAGUGCCAAAUUGCGGGAAGCCGUUCUCAACUUAAUCAAUAGCUGGUGCCAAACUGCGUGGCUUUUGCAACAGGUCUUUUCAAUGUGUAAUCCCAAUUCUGAAGGUAAUGAUAACACAUUGUACACCUUGGGCCUGGAAUGUGCUCAAUCAUGGCUCAAAAUCGACCAGUUACCUUUAGAAACCACUGGCCAGAUCUAUCCCUACUUAUUAAUGGCUGCAGCCCACUAUGCACCUAAUAGAGAAGGUGGCGAUGAUGAGAAUAUCAGAAGCUGGGAAAUAGUACAAGAUUGUUUAACUAUGAUUGUGACACGUUGGGAGCUUCAAAAGCGACCUCAAACUUUCUGGGAAUGGGCUACUGCUUUGGUAUCGAUGGCGAAACAAAACAACGAAAAAUAUUUCUGCGAGAUACUAACUGCUAUCGGGGAGACUCAUAGCCGAGCGUUUCUCAUCGCUCUCGCUGAGAAUUCCAACGAGACACAUGCAUGGACGGCCAUGCAUUUGAUCGAAUUAUUGUUGGAUUGUUCGGAGCAGAAAGGUCGUUAUCCUACGGAAGAGACGCGUAGCUCUAUACCGUUUGGAUUUUGGUACGCAUUACAAGAUGAUCUUUCCACGUUGGAUCAACCGUUGGAGAGUCGAGCUCUAGAAGCAUUGAAACCCAUUUAUUUUCGAUUGGCCCAGGCAUUGUUGCGAAAAUCGACAUUACCUGCAUCUCCGAACGAAGGAGGGAACGCGGAUGAACGCGAGCUUUUUAGAUGUUACAGGCAGGACGUGGUGGAUACGUUGGAUUAUUGUUACAAAGUUCUCGGUACUGAUCUGUUGGCACUUCUGGGACAAAAAAUGAGUCUUGAAGAUUUAGCGUGGACUGACAUAGAAUCCACAUUGCAUGCUUUCAAAGCUCUAGCCGAAAGUGUUGGCACUGAAGAGUAUUAUUACAUUCCUGCACUAAUAAAUUUGAUUCUCGUUCGCAUACCUUAUCAUCUUUAUCCCGAGGAGGUAUUAACGUGCGCCUGUUCGACGCUAGGCGCAUACGCCGAAUGGAUAGGGGAGCAUCCCGAACCUUGGCUGAAACAAGUAUUGCAACUCGUUACUGAAGGAUUGACCAGAGGUUCUAUGACGUCACCUUUUGCAAGUAUGGCGCUAAAGGAUCUGAUCAGAGAAUGCGAGUCGCACCUCAUCCCUUACGCGCCGUCCAUCCUCCACACCAUCAGUCAAACAUUACCAAGCAUCGAGCCCGGCGGUAGGGAAGGCUUGCGACUCAUGUAUGCCGCCGGAAAAUUACUCAAUAUAUUGCCCUCUAUGGAGGAGCAAUUAGUGCAUCUCGAAGCGACAUUAGGAUUAUGCGUGAUGAGGAUAAAAGAGCUGUUGGAGCAACCGUUAUUCACGGCGCGAGUCGGCGUGACAAAUUAUUUGAAGAUGGUUACCACAUUCUUUACAACUAUCGAAGGCGCGAUCGGUAAAGCUGUGUUGGACGGCGUACUACCGGUGUUCAAUCAGAUUGUUGUGCAUCCCGAAUGGAGCCAGGACAACGCUACAUUGGAGGCGAUGCAUAUAUGCGCGCAACGAUCUCUGUCAGCGUUGCAACAGCCGGAGAUAGAGGCACGACCCCUGCUUCCGAUUUUGUCAACUUCGUAUAAGAUCUGGCCGCAUCCGGCCGCGUUGAAUCUAUUGAAGCAGCUCGUGCUGUUGUUUAGGAGAGAUCCAGACAACAUCGUAGGUCCGGUGCUCGCGGAAAUAAGCUCGAUAACGUUGAACGGUGUGAAGGCUUGCAGAUCGGUGCAGGGCGACCUGUCCGAGUGGUCAGACUUAAUGGAAGCUUAUCUAGACGUGCUCACGCAAAUCUGUAAGAAGAACACCAGGAUAUUGCUGCAGAUUCCAGAUCAAAUACCGGACAUGUUGCAGUGUGGAAUCGCAUGCCUAACUCUACCAGAGACAGCUACAGCCAAAGCGGCCGGUCAUUUUCUCAGUAACGCGAUUAUGCAAAGUCCGCAUCUGCAAACGUUUAUUCAACCGAUCGGGCAAGAACUUGUCUCCGCAAUUUUGCAUUGUGUCGGUGGAGCAAUACCUCAUAGUAAUUUAGAUCCACAUGCCGAAGUUUUAUUAGCAUUAAAUAAAACUUGUUCGGAAUGGACCGCGCAGUGGUUACGGAUCGGACUGGAGAAUCAAAAGAAUCUUGCUGCUAUAGUGUUACAAAGGGAAAACAUGAUACGCAUUUUGACGGAGAGAACAAGAGCGACACGACUUUGUGAAGUAUUAAAAGAAAUUAGUAUUCAAUGUCGUCAAAAAAAGGGACUGUGACAAUAGAACUUUUAAAAUCGAUAGAUUUGACGGCACGAAAAACAAAUCUAAGGCAAUUGUUAUGAUCUAAGAUUUUGCAUUUGUUUGAAUUGUAAAAUAUUCAUGGAUUAUACAAGUAUUAAAUAGCGUAUCAAAUAUAGAGAAAUGUCUCAGUAGUGUCACACAUGAUGCAAGAUAAAUCACGAUAAAAAAAUA